CGCGCAGACGACAGAAAGUGGCAACAUAAUGGAUGCUGUGUGGAAAACCGUCAAUGAUUAUUUACCAAAGACUAAAGAAGGUUCUCCAUUUUGUAGGCGUGUCUGAUCACACCUGGCUUUCACCUGCUGUUUACCUGCCAUACAUUUUCUGGAAUGGAGAGUGGGCUAUCUCAGUUGUAUAACUUGUAAGAGUGGAAGCUCCUCCAGGGGUACAGCGCUGGAAUAGUGCCUAUAUUGAGUGGAACUGGUGGAUUAAAUUUCGUAAAGCUGACGUAAUUCUCAAGAAGCAUGAGAGCGUCCUGUAUUAUGAGAUUGCCUUCUAUGUCAUGGCUUCCCUUACAUUCAUUCAUGCUAUGCGAUAUGGAGGCAGGUUUCGGUGGCUAUGGCUGGCGUCGGUGUUCCAUGGUUUGACGGUGGAGUGUGUCAGCUACUAUGUCCCUGACAUCGACAACUUCUGGCAUGCACAGUCAUCCGUGAUGCUACUGGGACAACGACUACCGCUCCAAGUUCUUUUGUUGUACCCUGUGUAUUACUAUGUGGCAUCGGUGGCUGUCGGACAUAUGAAGCUGAGGGGAUGGGCUGAACCAUUUGCAGUGGGGCUGAGUGUUGUUAUCCUGGACGUUCCCUACGACAUCAUGGGCAUCAAGCUGCUGUGGUGGACGUGGCAUGACGAUGACCCCAACAUCUACGACCGCCACUACUCCGUGCCUUGGACCAGCUACUACUUCCACGCUACUUUUGCUGCAGGCUUCACUAUGGUUUUCCAUGGACUCCGCAACUGUUUGUGUCAGAGAGCAAACAAGUUCCAGUCUGCUGGGUUCUUGUUGGAGCUGAUGGUUGCUGUGGCAACUGGCCUUCUGGCCAUGCCUCUGGGAGUCCUACAGUUUCUGCCCAUCUACCACCCACUACAUGACUCCUUCAAGCUCCACACAGAGGUGUGUGUUCUCAUGCUGCUGGGAGUUUACAGCAUCCUCGUGUGGAUUGCAGACAGAACACCACUAGAGGGAGCCAGGGGACCUCAGAAGUCAAGAGGUGCUAUCAGUGAGGUGUUCCUCUGCGUUCUGCUGCACUAUGGGUUGUACAUCUACCUGGUGUUCACAGCGAUGCCGGAGAAAAUCCAGUCAACUGGGUUCCACCAGCCAGUUGGCAACUGCAACACAACAUUGCCAGUCCAGACUCCAUUUGGGAUGACUCUCUCCAAGCACAAGUAUUUGUGCCUCAGCAAGUAUGAUGAAGAUGUUUUCGACUUCCACUGCGUGAAGAAACAGCCCGCUAGUGGUAAAGACUGGUAUACAGUUUGUGGCACUGAGUUUCCCAACCAUGCUGAGUACGCCUUUGUGGUGACCUCAUUCUGUGUCCUGGGUCUGCUCUGGUACUGGCAGCUUCUGUUCCGCUCAGGCGCCGUCCCCAGAACUCAGGGCCCAAAACCCAAACAGCACAAGGACUAGGCAAGCUCUGCUUGAUGCUGCUACACCGGGAAAUCCAUUGCCAUGGUGCGAGUUUUACAGUUACACUGUUCAAGAUAUUUUCUCACUAGCUGCAGAAAGAAUUCACAACACAAUAGUAAUUGCAGGUGUAAUAUGUUGUGGGGAUUUUAUUUCUGAAAUUUAUGGUUUUCUAAUUCUAGGAUACAUUUGUGUUUAUUUUGUGUAAAAGAUAGGGCAAAAAAUAAUGUUAACUGCUCCCUAGAAUUAUUUUUUUUGUGAAUCACACUUGAAGCUAGCUUACAAUAUGCAUUGCACAAAUGCAAAUGAGUCAAGUCACAUAUUAUCGACACAUAUUUUCGCAAAUUAAUUUCAAUGUUGAUCAACAAUUCUCUUUUCAUUGUUUUUAAUUUUAUGAGGAAAAUGUUUUGAGGAUUGAAAUUAAAUUCAAGAUGUGUGGAAUUCACAUUUCUUUGAGACUGUCUGAUUUCAAAUUGAUGAACAGAUUAACUUUGAGCCAUUUUGGCUUGAAAAAAAGUCUUUUAAGGUUGUGAAUUUUCACUGUGUAAGUUUACUGAGAUUUCAAGAUGAGGUUUACAGAGAAACAGUUAGCUGAAAACAUAUGUCUGGGGACAUGGACAACUCAUGGUCAAUUUCAAUUUGGAGCUAUUUACAUUUUACUGUAACAGAUAAGCUACGGUAACAUGUUCCAUUUUUCAGAUCUUCAACAGACCUACUUUUUAUAUUAUUGGUGUAAUAGUUUUAUAAUAUAGAUCUACAUUUUACUGUACAGUUGAAAUAUAGUAUGUGAAUUAACAUAGUGUGUGCAUCUGUUAUGAAAAGUACACAAUAGCCAACUGAAGAAGCAGUUAAAUUUAGUCAAGUAGAAGUAGUAGUAGUGUAGUAGUAUACAACUGAAGUGUAUGGUUGUCAGCAAAAUGUCUCAUUGGAAGAGUGUUCUGUAGUCACAGAACCAUACUUGUGUUUGUGGGUUUCAGUAAAGUGUUACACUUGAGAACUACUUCAACUCAGGCUUUCCUUCAACAUCUAAAACAUAAUAAUAUUCAAAGUAUUGUUUACCUACUCAUUCACUGUAAUAGUCUGGAUAGUCCUCAAUCAGGUCAGCCAUUUUGAUUCAAAGACCCUGAAACCCAAUUAGAGACAUUCUUCAUCAGAGGGUUUACCAUUCCCUGUAAGGAUUGCCUUAUGGUAACUGACAAGUUAUGAUAAGGGCCCAUUAGGACACAGUACAUCAUUUCCAAGUGUUAAGUGUAAAUAUUGUAAGAGACUCACAGAAGUGUUAGAUAAUGACUGUUUACCUCUGAUUUAGGAGUCACACAGUGAGAUUGUAACCAGAGGGUCUUUUGAACCACAAGGCAGCAGCACUGUAUCCACAGUAUUUUAGUAUUCAGCAGUAGUAAUUAGUUGUUGGAAUGUAGUAUUUAUUGCAGAUGUUUGUUUUGCCCACAUUUGGAUCAGAAACAUUGAACAUUUUUACAGAAAUUAUAUUAACGUGACAAUGCUCUUUAUAACAGCAUGAAGCUAGUCUUGUCGAUGGAAUAAUCUCUCUAUUGUUGUUACUUUGUCAUCUACUUGGCAGAGAAUGAAGCAAGUCCAUUAGACUCAAUUUGUUAGUCCUUUUAACUUUUAGCGACACAUUUACCUCAGCACUUACACCAGAAAUGACAGCGUACAAGCAAACUACCUUAUUUUGAAUAACAAAUUUCCAUUUGCCUGUCUAAUAUUUUCAUCUCAGCCGGUUGAUCAAGUAACUCAUAAGUUUGUUCUCCCAAAACUAACUUUCUAAGGGAUACAUCUGAAUGUAGAUGGGUUUUUUAUGUAUAUGAUAUUGAUUUGUGAAUAAAAUGCAUAUCUUUAAAUUAGGCAUAUUUGCUAAAUUUCACCUUGCAUUCCUUUUUCUCUUUAGAGACAUGGUAGUGAUCUCUUUUGUAUAUUGAUUUUGAUUUGGCCAGCCCAAACUACUUAUGUGCAAGUAUUUAUCACAAUUGAUUGUGGUUUGACUCGCUGAUUGGUGUGUAUUUCAUGAAGUAUACAUGUGUUUUGUAGUGUUAAUCCAGUAUUUAUGAAGAUACUUUGAAGCAAAGCAUGUUUGUUUCUUGGAUCUGAACGUGUGUGGUGAAGUGAACUGGUUUAGCAGGGCCUGUGAGAUUGGUCUAAGGAGUGUCACUAUUUCAUGAUCCCCUCUAAUCUCACAUGACCAGCACCUCCCCUUCCCCUAAAAUAUAUGAUCAGUCACUUACAUAUAAUUGUUCUGUCGUCAUGGUUGUCUUUUCACACAUAGUUGGAGUCCAUGUUGAACAAAAUGAAAAUAACCAAUAGGGUACAAGGAUUUAGGGACUCGGUACUAAGCAACCUGUGCUUGUUGAUGAGGCAGACCACUGACUGUUGAGUGCAUGAUGAUUUGGAGAUUUAAUGUGCGCUUUCCAACAUAAUUUGUACUUUGUACACACAGUUGAGUGCAGCAUUAGUGAAAGGAUUUGUAAAUAGAAGCGACAAAACCCUUUCCACAUCCAUAAGAAAUCUCUGCUAAAAGCAGUCGAUUGUACAACUGUGACUAUAUCAUGAGCAUAAUUUGUUUCAUCAGCAUUACAGCUAUACGAGGUUGUUUGUAAACAAAUUGCAUCUGGACCAGACAAUCCAGUGAUUGUCACCAUGCGAUACGAUGAGCAUGUGUUUAUGAAUCGCUAUGAAAUAGUGACGAUAUCAUGCAGCAACUUUUGACUGAAAGAAAAUCAUAAAAUUACUUUCGAUCAAGUUUGAAAUAUUUUUCCCAUGAUCUUGAAAUUUGGUUUGUUCCUCAAAGCUGGCUUAGUGUAUUGAGUAGAAUUUGUUUAGAUUAGUGAAUGUAAUUGUAAUGCAAAUGAAUAUUUGGUUACGUGAAGGCAGAGGGGAGUUAGUUUGUGUCUAGUUUAGUGUGUGUGCAUGUUUAGAAAAGUGCUGUCUUGAAUGCAUGAGUUUUAGAGCUAUAAUUACUUGAAUAUUUAUUUUUAAAACAGAUUUUGUAUUAAGAAGUUUGUAUGUUUUUGUGUUCAUAUUAAAUGAAAACCCUUUAAAACUACUAUAUUUAUUGAUUAUUUUUUUUAAUAAUAUUUUGUUGUUGAAGCAGCACUGAUUAUCAUUUAAUAUCUCAUUACUAAGUUGUAACGCAAAUACUGAAACAGGUCUAUAUGAUUUUUGCAUAUAACGUAAAUAACAUAUCAUGCCAAUCAUGUGAAUUUAGAUUAUAUUGAUGCAUUGAACUUUUUAUUUUGUACCACCGAUCAACACAGUAAGUUUACCAAAAGAUUUAAUCUGAACAAAAUGCAUUUGUGUUAUAAAGAUGCAUGUGCAAGUACUGGACCCAGGCAGGUUUAUAUGAGAGGUCUGGAGUCAAUGUGUCCCUCAAAAGGUGCUAUCGGAAUGAAUCAAACAAUAAAUGAAAAUUGCCAAAA